AUGGUUUGGUUAUUGCAGAGUUUGCUGCUUUUUGCCAGUGCAAUUGCAGCUUUGGCACCGGUUAACCAUGCUAUGCGAUCCGAAUUCUUGCUAUCAGAGCCUCUAGCUAUGGCCAUACACGGCAAAUCGCGAGUCGUGGGCAAGCAGGGUCUUUUCUACGGAGUCGACGGAACCCUACCAUACUGGCUUUUUGACUCACAGGACUCUCCCUCAAAAGAUCCAGUUCUAAUUUGGAUUGUCAACGGCAACACAAUCUCUGACAUCGAGGCAAUGGCUCUAGCAGUGGGCCCUCUAUGUGUAACACCUGGUUCCGUGUUGACGGACAAUGAAUACCCUCUGAACUCCAACGCAAACAUUGUCCUACUAGCUCAUCCUGGUGGCUUCAAUAUUGCUAACUCUUCCAUAGGUGAUGUUCUCUCUGGAGCAUCAUCGAUAACCAGGUUCGUUUCACUGUUUACAGAGAAAUAUCCCCAAUACUCCUAUGAGCAAGGAAUACAGUUGGGCGCUGAGUCCUUUGCUGCUCGACAUGUUCCUAUUUUUGCGGCAAACCUCAUGAGCACGGCCGAUCGCCCAGUGAAUAUAUCGUCUGUUAUUUUGGGCAAUGCCUUCAUCAAUCCAGUGAAGCAGUAUAGCUCUUAUUUUACCGCAAAUUGUGUCAACAAUUCCAUCAACCUUGGUCCAGAAACAUGCACACUAUUGAAUCAGAGUGUAACAACACUUCUUCCCCAACUUGAAAAAUGUCAGGUCAACCCAGCACUUCCGUUUUGUAAAGAUCUAGUGUCAGACCUUCAGCAGAAUACAGUCGGGCCUGUUAUUAGUGAUGUGAAAAAUAUUUACGGAUUCGAUAUAAACUCAGCAGGACAAUCUCGGCUCGAGGUUAUUGAAGCAUUUCAAAACAAAGAAAGGAGUGGCAAGGUUCCCACGAACUCCAUGUUUCACCUCUAUAAAGAUCCAACCUACCUGUUGUCUUUAUCAACGGAUGAACUGAUUCAGCCUUAUGAGUACAUGGUGCAAUAUAUAUUAGCUGCUGGCAUACGCAUGCUAGUCUACUCUGGCGAAAACGAUAUGGUUUACAACUCUGACGGUAUUUAUAGUUGGACAUCUGCUUUGAAAUGGACGAAACAAAAGUUUUCCGUCACUGAGGGUGUCAUCUAUUCUCAAGAAAAUGCCCUGGGUACUGGCUUCGUCAAAGGGGGGCUUACAUUCGUGAACGUGCCCGAUUCAGGGCAUUUGGUAACAAUGGACAAUACAAAAGUAUUUAGGCAGAUGUUGAGCGGUUGGUGUCACAACGAGCCCUUUAAAACACUGCUUGAUGUCCCAUCAGACACUUCAGAUGGCGAUCCUAUUGCGUCAGAUGCCGCACUAACAACUACUUCAGAGAAGGCGAAUCUUGCCCCCCUGCUUGGCCUGAGUAUUGGUGUUGAUGUCAGGGCCACUCUGGAGCCUGUUAUUAUAACGAUCACCAGCACGAUGACUGAAACACCAUAUAAGAGUGUAAUAACAGUCUUUGAAACGUUUUUCCAAACGAGAACAUUGAAUGGAUGGCACUCCAAAGACCUCAAUGGCACCGCUACUGUACCAGUACCCUCGGUUGCAUUCACGACGACCGAUACUGUGUUCAUCUUACAGCCAACUACAACAACAGAGUCUUUCUUCACAACAUUACCCCCUGCUACAUUGACUGUUACGGACACUACUACUGUGAAUCCUCGUUCGCCCAUCACCAGUCAAGAACCUUUGCCAACAUACACAUCAACUGACGAUAUUGGAGAAACCACCGAAGUGCCUAUGGUAACAAUCGAGACUGUUCCUACGUCGUCAAUUGAUGAGACGGCUUUCUUUGGAUCACGUACCGCGCUUAACCCCUCAGGCAACUCCGUCGCUCCAGGCGCACUUCGCCCUAGUGAGUCUUUAUUCUCAAAUUAUCCCACUGCCUCGGUACUGGAUCCGUAUGUGACAGCUACGGAACAGUCGCAACCUGUACCCACAGAGGUUUGGACCACCGCUUCGGACUUCGAUACGGAAAGUGCAUCGGUUCCAGUCAUGUACUCUACAUUUCUUCCUCAGACCGGCAAUGUCCCAGGUGUCCUACCAACAAGUUUCGUGGAUAGUGACAUAGGGUCACUGUCGGUAAUGUAUCCUGAUCAGACAUCCAUUCCGAUGGGAAUGCCAACCAUGUCGUUAUCAACCUCAAUGGGAUCACCUUUCAACGAGGGGGGAAGUGCGUUCUCGGAUGCUAUGCCAACUGGACAACCAUGGGACGAUCAGACAACAACGAUCUUCAGAACAGAUACUAUAUUUUCUACGAUACCCAGCACUGUCUCAAAUCCAGCAAUCUCUGCUGAGGAACCUUUGGAUGAUGAUCCUGUAGAAACAUCACCGCCAGUUGAUGCAAGUCCAACGAUGACGGGCUCGCCUAACGACGAUCCAGAUGAGUCUCAAGAAACUCUCCAAUGGAGCACUGACCAGGCUGAACUAAACUUUGGAAAGCUUCACCCAGCACCAGCACCCCUCAGCCAGCCCACUCAGUUGAUUGGACCUGAGGCAGUUGCGGGGCAUCAAAUCAUUCCAGGAGAUAUUCCUGACGAGAAUGAAGACCUUGAGCAGAGCUCUGAUGAAUUUGAGAUGACUGCCGUGGAGUCUGAUCCACCAAGGCCUCACGACAAUGAUCAAAGCCAUGCCAAUCAAGGCUAUACGGACGAUAACAUCUUUAACAAACAAGUGCCCGAGGAAGAUGAGGAGACUGAUUGGGAGCGCAGUGAGGGCACUUGGGAUAGAGGCUUUGACGACGAUCAAGAUUCUGACACCUGGGACAGAGAUACAGACAGCAGAGAGGACUAUGAUAACUGUGAGGAAGAUCACUACUAUCGGUCCCAGUUUCUAGAUCACAUUUCAGACCAUAUUGACUAUGCAGUCAACCGGUUGGAGAACGGUCUGGAUAUCUCCACAGAUUCAUUCGAACAGGGUAUCGACUCGGCUGUGGAUGGGGUGGAGGACACCAUGGAUAAAAUUGAGAACGGGCUAGACUUUGCAAUGAGCAAGCUGCGACGCCUCGGACGUAUGUGA